AUGCCUGCCUCCGUACACUCUCAGGACAACGACCAGUCAAUGCUGGAUGCUCAAGCGCAGAACCAAGACCACAUAGACGAGACAUUGCUUGAGCAAAAGCGGAUCAUCGUUUUACCCGGAGCCACGGACACAGCAGCGUCGUUUCAGUUUGAGGGUGAAGGACAUACAUUAGGGAAUGCGCUGCGUUUCGCGAUUAUGAAGAACCCCGAGGUCGAAUUCUGUGGAUACACGAUUCCGCAUCCUUCGGAGUCAAAGAUGAACAUUCGAAUUCAGACUUACGACUCAACAACCGCAGUUGAAGCCCUAGAAAAAGGCCUUGACACCCUGAUGGAUCUGUGUGAUGUUGUGACGGAUAAAUUCACAGCUGCGCGGGAUGAAUUCAAUGCGGAGCAGGCGAAUAGGAUGGAGUCAUGA